AGAUGAGAGGACAGGGAUGUCCCUCCACGUCUCUGAGGGCAGGAGGCUGGGGCUGGCUGCCUGCUAGAGAUUUUCGUAGGGUUUUCUCAUGGGCUUCCCGGCUGCCUGGAGAUCUGCUGCAGUCUUCCCUCUUUGCUUUCUUGUGGGCAGAGCAGAUGCUGAGGGGAGUAAAAUGCUGAGGAGGAGGAGGAGGAGGAGGAGGAGAGCUUGAUCCACACGCAGAGGGAAGGGAGCAGUGAGGGCUGGAGGAGGGAGGAGGGCGGCAGAGCAGCUGCUGGGUUAAGCAGCGGGGCACAGCCCGCUCUGUAAUGGCUGUGGGUGACCCACAGAGCUGUCUCUGGAGCCACGUGCCCAGGCUGGCCAGCCCCAGGCAGGGCCACAGCACCCUCUGCAUGAGCUGAGGCUGGGCCGAUGGCCCCAUCUCUGCCCGCACGGGGCAGAGCGCAGGGCCUGUGCCCUCUUUAGCUUCUAUCAGCAGCAGCCGUAGUUUCUCCACGGCAAGCAAGGCCUGGCUCUUGCGAGAUACAUCUAAAUUAACGUGCGCACAAUCUAAGGAGAUCUAUAGUGCAAGGGCUUGUGAAAAUGUAUGCUUGUUUUCUGGUACAAGCAAGGGAAUUUUUGGUUCCAAGAGUGUCGUCGUUAAUGUUAAUGGUGGUAAGGGCUUCACGACAUUCGUGAAGCUCCAGUGUACUUUCCGGUUCCCGGAGGGGAGGAAGCGACGGCGGCUUGAUAUUGCCCUGAGCACACAAGGGCUGUGCAAUGGGCUUUGGGAAGGGUAGAGGAGAGAGAGCAGCGCCUUACGCAGACUGUAUCUUGUUAUCUCUUAGUGCGUCAUGUGAAACGAAGUAAGACCAAUGGAAAAAAUGCUGGAGGACUGAUGGGAACCCAAGCAGAGUUCUCACAGGCAGCUGUAAAAUGACCUGCAAAGUGUCCCGUAUGGCCAGAAGAAUUGCGCUGUGCAAGCUUUGUUUUCCCAUUUAUGAAACCAGCGAUCAUUGUAGGAACCCACGGCACCAGAUAGUUGCAACUCCUCUGCUUCUCUAGGUUGUUGUCUAGAUAAAUAAUAAUGGCUCCUUGCUCAGGGCAAACUUGGGGUUUAGGCUGCCAUACCCUGAGUAAAAGGUGAGGAGCUUGAGGCAGCCUUCCAUUGCUUGCUCACUCCCUCCCUCCAGGUGGGGGAACGGCAAGGAUGGUCUGAAACACAUGUCACUUGGGAUAACAGGAAAGCAAACUGCAGAAGUCUUUAGAGGCUGUGGUGCUUGAUAAGAAGGGAAAUGAGCUAAAAACCACAGUCCCUGCUCAGUGCAUAUAAAGCAUACACUUUUCACAGCAAUCCAGCCUUUCAUAUUAGAGUUACACACAGGCUGUUAUCCUUCCACACCAAGAACCAUGAGCAGCAAUCUGGCCUGUCUAAUUGGGAUUUGAGCUUUCUUAGCAAUAUUAGAAAAGCAGAGCCUUUUGUACCUUUGGCCUCCAAUACCCAACUAUUGUACUGAUACUUUUUAUUGAGCCCAUAUCCUCGUACGUAUUUAGAUAUCUGCCUCCAUUGAGAGUUUUCUGUCUUUUAAGAAAGAACUCACCCAUUCAUGUGAACGUACCUACUUUUAAUCUAGUUUUAAUCAGUCUAUAACUUUUAGACUUUUGUAAAUUCUGCUAGCAGAAUUCCACAUUCCAAAGACUCUUUCCUUCAGAUAUCCAAUAUGCGUCAGACCUGCAGGCUACCUGACCAGCUGUAAACACCAUUUACAAAUAUUUGUGAUGCUCAGGAAGAUUUCUAGAUGUCAUUGGCCAGAGAUCUAAGUAGAAGACAAUAAUCUCUGUGUCGGACUGUCUAACUGCAUGCACAGGUUGAUCAUGUAUGGACUGGUAUGACCAUGUAUUAGCUACUGCUAGUGGAGACUUUUUAACUCUUUUAUCUUUGUUCAAUCACAGUUCAUCUGAGAGGCUUUAAAAUGUGAUUUAGGAUCAUGCAGGACUUGGCUGUAAAUAAUAAGGUUUGGACCAAGUCAGAGUUAACUGGAUGGUUAGUCUGCCUCUGCAGUGUUGUGCUCUCUGACCACCACUGCUGCUCUCGUCAAGCAACUGAGGCACUUCACCAAUGGCAUUGCAGAAAGCUGGUCUACAGUACUCAAGGCAAGAAGAUAAGUAAAGACUAUGGAGCUGUAGCUUUUCUCCCAGGUGCCCUCUUUCACCAGACUGAUGUUAGGCUGACCUUAGUGCUAGGUGAAUGCACUCCUGUUCAAUACAAAAGGAAAACACUUCUCUACAGGAAUUUCCUGGGCAGUUUUUAAUAAAGGAGCACACACUUCAUGCCUUGGAAUACGGAACUAACAAACAAUGAAGGGCUGAGCUAAGGGUAUCUGCUUAGGCAAGAGUAUCUGAAGGGGGGGAGCUGCAAUUUUUUUUACCGAAGCACAGGCUGAAGUCAGACACAGCUCUGCAGCGCACCACAGCUUACGCUGAAUAGACUGGCCUUCAGAGAGUACUGUGUACAAUCAUGUUAUGCUCCGCAGAGCAUCGUUUGCUCCAUUCUUCAUGGAGAGCUAAGGUGAGGAGGCCAAGCUUCAAAGAUCAAGAGAAGUGAGCUGAGGAGAGGACUUUGCAUCAGUGUAGUUUGUGAUUGAAGCCUAGGAGAGAAUACACUCCAGUAAGAAGUUACAUGGAAGGAAAGCGGCUUGGGACACUUUGGAAGAACUGUUUAAUGGGAAAGAUGACUUAAUAAGAUUUCUGAGAGCUAUGAAAGAGAGCAAACUGCAUAGGCAGGAUGCUGAACAAAACUGAACAGAUCUUUGUGCUAAAGGGAGCGGUAUGGGGCUAGCGGUACAAACAUAUACCUUCUUGGCACUGCAUCGGGCAGAAUGGGAUGAUAGGCCAUCAUGAAUGGCUCUACUGCUCACAUCAGGAUGAAGCUGUGGGACGGUGCCUGCAUCAGGAUCCCCAGCUCCACAAGGAGCCUUUGGCCUGGCCAGCCAAGCAGCCAGGGCUGUGUGUGCUUUCCCCAGCUCAAUCCAUUUUCCCUCUCUACUCCAGGCAACAUCUCUCAGUAGCACUGCCUGGGCUGUAGCUCCCAGCUCCCAGCUCACGAGUUCCCUCUUUGGGGAGCAAUUACAUCACGGCCACUGCUCUGGCUUAGCUCUUGGAGCACCAUCUCUGGUAAAGUAGUAGCAACCUCAUGGUGUUACAGUAUCACAGUAGCCUCCUUGCUGGACUCCAGCGCCAGGCCCCAGUUUGUACACACCCCCUCAGAAGGUGGCGGGUAGCCCAGGCAUUGGGAUUUUGCCCUUCCCUGUGAAAGGCCAGAGGUUUUACAUAGCCCUGGACGGUGGUAGCCUUGGGCUGGCUGUAGUGCUUCCUCUAGCCAUGCAGGCAGUUGCCUCGUGCUUGGAUGACUGUUGACUGACUCCCUUGGUUAGGCUCAGCUCUGGGAGGGCCCCCUCUGGUACAAGGUGACAACCCCAUGUCAUCACUGCAUCACAAAUGUUGCCUUAGCUUAGCUGUGGCAGCAUCAUCGCUGCUGAAGAGAAGAAAACCCUGUGUCAUCACCGCAUCACAAACGUGAGCCAGCGUAUAUGUCGGGAGGAUGGGUGUCACUUUGCCUCUGAGCUGACAGGUGAAGAGAGCUGAAAGAGCAGGUAAGCACACUGAGCUGAGUCCGGCAGCUCCUCACCAAGGUCUCUGUGGCAGGGUGGGCUCUCGCUGUGCUUGUGGGCAGGCCCAGAAACUCAGGGUCCAGCAACCCUUGCAAACUCAUUUGUGUGGAUGCGGCCUGGUGUCAAUAGGAUCAAAGAGAGUGAUUUGAGCUUCCCCUCACUUUAGACAUAAGGCUGAAAUACAAAGGAUUCUUGAAAGGGUAUUGGAAACCCAGCAGUGUUUGGGGUAGAUUUUGAGCCUGGCUUGCAGAUAAGAGAGCAUCCCAGUGCAGUGCCCAAAGCCCAGUGGGGAAUAAAAAGGGUCUUUGGCUUGGGAAGCAACAAAGACAGAGAGCCUGGGAGCAGACGCUGAAAUUGUUCUUUUAGGAUUGUUCUUCUCGGCGUGUUUUCAGAAGAUUGUUGCUGUCGAUCCUAGACCCAGGGACCACAGGAAGGGUGAGCACUGCCCCUGAACAAAGGGGUAGAUCCUUGGAUGUUUGUAAAGAGUAAUUGUCCUGUUCAUGAAGAUUUCUUCUCCUGACCAGAGAAUCUGGACUUGGGCUGUUGGUCUCCUUGUAACUAAUGGGAAUAAUAAUCCCAGGUGUUUGCUGAGGAUCUGAGGAGGCUGUGAAUGCAGUAACGGAACUGACAAUAUCUCCUUGGCUCCGCAGAGAAGGAGGUUGCCCUUUGCCUGUGUGCAGACCUGGCGCGUGAGAGGGAGGUCUGAUCCCUGAGAAAUGAACUUUUCCCCCAUCGCCAUGGACGGUGUCAUCUCUCCAGCUUUCCUGUGGUUCCUGAUGCUGGUGCUCACCUUCUACCUCCUGCUGACCUUCAACAAGCACAAGGAAGGCAGCUGCAAGAAGAGAAGGUGGAGGGGCAGCGAUGAGGAGCCCAGAGCAGCCUUUUCCCUCUGGGAGGAAGAUCCAGAGGAGUCUUCAGGGUCCUCUGGGUCCCAAUACACUGGAGUCCUGGAGAUGCUCAUCACGGAUCGCUGGGAGAUGGACCUGAACUUUGAUAACAUAAUCAGAUCUGUGAAGGAGGCCUCAAAGAGGCUCACCUGGGAGGCCAUCAACAGCAGCUCCAUCACUUGUGACUCAGCAAGUGAAGCCAGCUUCUCUUCAGGGACGUCUUUCUCCCCUGCUAGCGAUUAUUCCCUCACUUCAACUUUGGGGAGCCAAGCCAGCUCUUUUUCAGGGGAGUCUUUCUCCUCUUUCACUGAUGGAGAAGGUCUGGCUCAAGGCUCUAGCGUGCAGCCUGUCCUCGCGGAUCCCCGGCCUAGCCAGGAGAAGCAGCAGGACCUGGCGACUCGCCCACCUGGCAGGGAAGUGGGGGCCAGCUGCCACAUGGCUGGCAGUGGCCUGCAGCAGCAGCACCUUGAGGUCCACCUGGAUGUGCCCCCCCAAUGCCCAGGAGUGUUGGGCUUCCACGUCGGGGAAACGGAGACAACUUUCUUGUACCCUGAUGCCCAAGAAGACUUGGAGGAGCGUGUCCAGAAGAAGAAACUUGAGAUGCAACUGGGGCUGCCGGCUGCUGUCUGCAAAUCCCUGCACGCCGACCUGUCCUGGCCUCCUAGCCCACCACCACUGCCUGCAAAGCCAGACACGGAGCAGGUUUCCAGCAUGCAGAGGCAAACCUUCCCAGGCAAAGCCGAGUUCAGUGCUGUGGAGUUGGAUUUCAGCUGGAAUGGCAAGGAGAGCUUGGAGUGUCUCAUCCAGGAAAAUGAAUGGCAGCAGGAAGCAGGCCUGUCAGCCAGUCUGGGUGAACCUCAGCAGGAGUUGCCAAGCUCAGCUCCUCGAACACCUCAGUGGCAUGCUGAGCCUGAUGAGGUGGUGGUUCCCAGCGUGCAGGAGCUGCCCUUCCUCGACAACACUGUCAAAAAGCAGCUAGAGCUGUACAUCAUAAAAAUGCAGAUGAAACAGUGCUUUGGGCCACCAGCAAGGAUCCCGGCCUGCAAGAAGGUUGCGGCCCCUGUCGCAGGGCAAAAAGCCUCCCAGCCUCCCCCUCCACACAGAGGUGCUGGGCUGCCAUAUCACUCCCCCUUGCAGCACUGGACCAGGCAUGCUCAGACCAGGUGCUCUGCAGAAGAGCCCCCAGGCCCCAAGCAGGAGAAGAGCAGGUGUCCCACAUCUCCCAUGAUGAGAGAGCAGAGACUCAGCUCUCAGAGCAGGAGGCAGCCAGAGGAAGAGAGCCCUGAAAAGGAAGAGGCUACAGACCUUGCCAUGGCAUGCCUGGGACAGCAGCAGGGUCAAGCCUGCUCUGCUCCACGUGCUUUCCUGAGAGCAGCACAGGAGAUGUCUUGGAAGGACAAGGAGGUAUCAGCCUGCAAAAGAGAGCGUGGGGGAACAGCCAGCAGCAGCAAGGACACUGAGGAGUCCCUGCUGGCCACCAGCAGGAAGGAUCAGGGUCCUGGGACACAAGGGGAUGUGCGCAGCCCUUGCCCUCCCAGCCAGGCAGAGCAGGCGUUGCUGCAGAGCGAGGAAGCUCACCAGGGGCAACUGUGGCAGUCCCAUGAGAGCUGGAGCAGCUCCAGUGAGGACAUGAGGACACCAGAGCUGCCAUCAAAGAAGAGUGUCCCCCAGGAAAAACACAGCCAGUCCCGUGAGAGCUGGAGCGUCUCCAGGGAGGACAUGGAGACACCAGAGCUGCCAGCAGCCAGGAGAGCUCCUCCAAGAAAAUGUUCCCAGAAGAGACAACACAGUGAGGAGGGCCCCUCAGCUCUGCCACCGGCUCCAGCCCCUGCAGGGACCAGUGUUCCAGUCUCCCAGCUGGAAGGGCUCCUCACAGCCCUCAUCGAUUCCCACAAGGCCAGCCAAGCUGCUCACAAAGCGCAGAACCAGCUGCUGGAGGAAAUGUUGGUGUGGCUCCCAGACAAGGCUGGGGCCCCAAGGAAGGACACGACAGGAGGGCACCCCGUUGGCUCACAGCGCUGCAGACAUGUGGCUGAAAGCUGCCCUCACUGCAGGGGACGGAGAGCAGUGCAGGAUGCGCCCGUGCCGGCUGCCUUGCCCACCAAUAUCACCACAAAUAUGAGCAAGGACAGAAAUCGCCAAAGGAGUCCUGUCUUUAAGCUGAAAAUGAGUCUGGAGCAAGUCUGCCAACGGGUAUUAACAGAGGAGCCAGAGCAGGGGAAGGGCAGGGGAAACCCCAAGGACAGAGCCAGCUCCAGGAGACUCUGCCCCAAAUGCGGUAAAGCUCGGCGCCAGAGACUCUCCGGCAAGGAAGGCUUGCAGACCUCACCUCCAUCUGAUGCUGCAGCCCUGGGCGCAGGAAGAGCAGGACACAGGCACCCACCCCAGGGCAGGGGCAAGAGGCAGCAGGGGCAGGAGGAAAGGGCUGCCGCCACCCAGCAGGCAAAGGGGCUCCAUCUUUCCACAACUUCAUUCUUGCGAGCUGGGCAGGCGGGGUCUCAGCCACACCAGGCCCUCACCAGGCCUCUGCCCUCACAUGUGGCGCCUGGGCACAGGACACUGGAGAGGGAGACACCACCUCUGCUGGGCAGCAUCUGCUGUGGGCUCAUCCUCAUCCUGCCGUGCCUCGAGAGAGUCUGUGCCAAGCUCCAAGAAAAAUCAAGGCCUAAUUUGGCAAGAACAAGGAGAGGGGAGGAGCUGCAAGGGCAAAGGCACAGGCUUUUGGAAGCAGAGCGCCAGCUCCCGCAGGGAUCUCCAGAGGAGAGCAACAGCAUGUGACAGUGACACGCCAGGCUGCAGAUGCUGCGCUCCUGGACUGUGCAGGUGGAGCAGGGCCCAACGGGGCAUGGACCCAGUGAGCAGCAGCUCCCGGCCGGGCCCUCCCAGGGAGCAGGAGCUCUCCUAAUAAAGUCACGUCCAUUGAAAUAAG